AUGUACCUGGUCACAGUGUUGGGAAACCUGCUCAUCAUCUUGGCUAUUGGUUCUGACCCUCACCUCCACACUCCCAUGUACUUCUUCUUGGCCAACUUGUCUUUCAUUGAUACCUGCUUCACUUGCACUAUUGUCCCCAAGGUGCUAGUGAACAUCCAGACACAUCAUUACACCAUCUCAUACACAGGGUGCCUGCUGCAGAUGUACUUUUUCAUGGCCUUUGCCCUGCUGGAUGAUUUUCUGCUCGCUGUGAUGGCGUAUGACCGCUACGUGGCCAUUUGCCUUCCUCUCUACUACACCACAAUCAUGAGACCUCAACGUUGCCUACUGCUAGUAGCAGCAUCCUGGCUCUGCUCCCACCUCCUGGCCCUCUCAUUGAGUCUCCUGAUGUCUCAAUUCUCCUUCUGUGCCUCCCGGUCUAUCUCACACUUUUUCUGUGAUCUUCUUCCUCUCCUCAAGCUUGCCUGUUCCGACACUCAUAUCUUUCAAGUUAUGAUGUUCAGUGAGGCAGCCUUGUCAGGCGUGGUCCCACUUACAUGUGUCCUGACAUCUUAUGCCCACAUCAUACGCACCAUCCUUGGGGUGCCCUCUGCUAUGGGGAAACAAAAAGUCUUCUCUACCUGUGGCUCUCACCUGACAGUGGUCACUCUAUUCUAUGGAACCGUCUUUCUGGUCUAUUUUCAGCCAUCAUCCUCUUAUUCACCAAAUACUGGAAUAGUGGCAUCUGUGAUGUACACAAUGGUCACGCCCAUGCUCAACCCCUUUAUCUACAGCCUGAGGAACAAGGACAUGAAGCGGGCUUUAUGGAGACUCCUUGGUUGUGAAAGAUGUUCUGCUCCAUAA